AUGUCUAGUGAGCACGAUAACACCACCGCCAUGGAAUCCGAACAACUUAACCCUUCAAGUGCACCAGACGAUAUGACAAUCACCGAGCCCAUGAUUGGCAUCGUUCCCGCGGCAGAGCCUUCCGCCUCACAAAACAGCGCGGUGGUUACGGGUCAAAAUACUACCCGCACACCAAAGCAAAAACCGACUUGCGGGUUAUGUCGUGCCCAGUUCACCUGCAACUCAAGUCUCGACCGACACUGGGUCAGACACUUUAAUAAUCCACCUACGGGUGUGGCAGGUUUGGAGUGCCUCGCGCGCGCACCGGAACGCGCUAGAAGGUUCUAUUGCCCGGGUUGUCGAAAGUACUUUUCCCGGAAGAAAGCCUUUAAGGAACAUGUGAAGGUCCACGAGAGGCCCAAUGAAACUACCAAUACUGCGGCAAUAUUUAAAAAUGUGUGUGCGGAUUCGCUCGCAGCGCUAGCGGCAGCCGCUACUCGGGCAGCGGGGGACGUUUCUUCUGUGGUUGUGUUUGUUCAGGCUCCGCCGAAAGAAAUGGAGAGCAAGAAGUCCGCCCUAUCUCAGGGUACGCCCUCUGCCAGCAAUGCAGGAUAG